AGGAAUACAUUGUUUCAAGGGGCUCCGAGAAAGGCAUCCUCUGUGAGAUCUAAGAAAUUGCCGUAGAAAGGACAUAGUCUCUUUGUUUUACCCAAAUAAUAAAGUCAAUUCCACUGAAAGACCCGUGUUUCGUCCGUCGGAUGCACCAGCAUUUCCCUCUUUCGCGUCCCCACCGACUUGCAGAUCGUCCAGCAAGAACGCCCGUUUUUCUCAUACUCAUUCAGCAAAAGGAUGUCAUCCGAGGCGCCUGCGAGAUUCAGGCGAGACCGCGAGCUGCGUCGCGUGUGGCUGGUGGUGGGCGGCGCGGUGGCGCUAGCCUGGCUGGUGGGCGCGGCGGGCUGGUCGCUGGCCUGGCUGCUGCUGCUGCUGGCCGGGCUGGCGGCCGUGGCGCGCGCGCCCCUCGCCGACGUCCUGGACGAGGCGGUGCGCUACGAGACGAGGCGGGUGCGCGCCCGGCGCGCCCUGGCGCAGGACGAGACGGCCGAGUGGUUCAACUUCCUGCUCAACCGCUGGUGGACGUUCAGCUCCAACUCGCUGCUGGCGCUGCUCAAGGACCGCCUGGAGCCGCUGCUCAACGAGUCCAAGCCGUCGAUCGUCGAGAGCCUGGAGCUGCGGCAGCUGUGCCUGGGCUCGCAGACGCCCCUGCUGCGCGGGCUGCGCGCGAGCGAGCUGGUGGGCGGGCGCUGUGUGCCGCUGACGCUGUCCUCGCUGCGCGGCAUGGCCGGGCUGGGCGGCCACACGGACGGCCCCACGCUGGCGCCCUGCCACCAGGUGGCCCUGCAGGCCCACGUCGAGCUCCACCCCAGCGACGACUUCCGAUGCGUCCUCCGCACCCGCCUCUUCGGCAAAGGAGUGGGCAUGGACCUGGACCUGGCGAUGGAGAAGCUGCACCUCAGCGGCCAGGUGCUGGCGACGCUCACCCUCGACAUCAACGCCCCGUUCCCGCACAUCACGCACCUGUCCGUGACCUUCGUGGAGAAGCCUGACAUCUGGUUCAGCGUGAGGAUCCUCAAGUCCGUCCAAGCCAUGGAGGUCCCGCUACUCAAGACGUGGAUACACUCGCUGGUGAUGGACGCCCUGGUGACGUCCCUGGUGGACCCUGGCCACCUGGACCUGGUGCUCGUGGCCCCCGACUGCCCCCGGCCCGCCAAAGACGCUGGCGACGGCGACGGCGAGAGCCUGGCCAGUGGAGUGCUGACCCUGGGGCUCUCUAUCAGCCAGGCGGUGGGACUAGGUGCGCCCGGCCCCGACGAGGGUGGCGCCCGCUGGCUCGUGGUGACGCUGGGGUCGCAGCGCCGCACCUGCCAGCUGUCGCCGGCCUCGCAGCUGUCGUCGUGGUCCGACAGCGUGUCGUUUCUGGUGGGUGCGGCGCAGCUGCAGGCUCCGACCGACCGCCUGCAGGUGAAGCUGAAGACCAAGCGCCUGGUGGGCGCGCUCACGUUGGCCCAGUACGAGCUGCCCCUGUCGGCGUAUGCUCUGGAAGGGUCGCCCUCCCUCGCGGUGGACACGGUGCUGCAUCGGAAGCCCACCAGAGCCUCGAUGCAGCUCCCCGUCAUCAACGCGCACCUUGAGUACACGACUCUGCCUCCCAUGACGGUCCCCCUGCAGCACGACCCCCUGGCGCAGGCGGACCAGCCGGUGCCUUCAGAUGCCAUGCAGCAGGGAGGCGUCCUGUUUGUGGUGAUCCACGGUGCCGAAGGACUGUCUGCAUCGGAUCAAAAUGAGUGUAAUCCUUACUGUAUGAUAUUUAACAAUCGUCAAAAAGUGAAAACGACACAUUACAUGCGUGGCACAACAUCACCAAACUGGGAAUCUCGCAUGCAGAUACUUGUGUCUGAUUUCUCUCAGGCAUCAUUGUCCUUUGUAAUUUGCUCAUGGAGCUCUUCAAAAAUGGCAGACACUGAUCUGUUAGGGGUAGCUGUAUUUAACUUCAAUCAGGGUGAACGGAAAGUAUUAAGACGUCAGUUGGCAUUAACAGGCGGAAGUGCAGUUGCCAACAUAACUGUUUCUGUUGCAUUCCAACCAGUUGCCUCUGUCUCUUCCUCCCGCUCAGCCAACCGCACUGAAUCAGGUAGCAUUCGUGAGAAAGACAGAGAACGUCCCGCAUCACCUGAUAGUCAAAGAAAUAUAGAUGAAUUUUCAACUUUUAAUAAGGGGAAACGUAACAGUAACACUUGGAUGCAUCAAGCAAAAAUGCUUUUGACACACAAAGAUAAUGAUAGCAGUGUAUUUGAUAUAAGCAAUCUCCUGUCCAAUGGCCAUGGUCUAAUUGAAGUCAGUUUAAUUAAAGCCCGUGAUCUAGUUUCAAAGGACUUAAAUGGCUUUAGUGACCCGUAUUGUGAAGUGAAAGUUAAUGGAGAAUGCAAGUACAAGACUUGCAUAAAGAAAAAGACCCUUAAUCCAACAUGGGAGGAGAGCACAAUAACAGGAAUGCCUCAUAAUAAUGAAACUUUGGAUAUUUUUAUGUGGGAUCAUGAUGUUUUUGGCAUGAAGGACUUCUUAGGUAGUAUCACUUUGUCCUGUGAUGAAAUAAGGCGUUGCUCAGCUCUUGAUGCACCACAGUGGUUUCAACUUCAAGGCACAAAGUCUGGCAGUGUUGAGAUCAAAAUAAAAGUGAUUUCUGAUAUGGAGACUGAGAGUAUCAGCAGUUAUGCUCCCAGCACUGCUCCAAGUGUGAAUAGUUGCACAAGUUCGCCUCGUCUUCCACUUAAAGCAGAGAGUGAGAGGGAUUCCAAUUAUAGUUUUAAACCAAUUAUUAGACGUCCAUCAAUGGAACGGUCCCGUCUGAGGCUUCAUGCUGAUCCCCCUCCUCCACCGCCUAGAACAGUCACACUUCAGAACAAAAGCAACCUUAAAGAUGCUUCAUCAAAUGGGUUUCAGAUGGAUUUAAUUGAAAAGUCCUGGAGUUCUUCAGAUCCGAUUCAUAAUAAGCUUAAUGGCAAUAAUAGUGGCACUGAGUUAAGAGGCUCAAUUGUCGACAAUGGUAAUAAUUGGAGCCCUGCACAGUCUACCACAUCCUCACCUUUGCCUGUUCCUCGACUUAUGGUUAGCUCACCUCGUAGUAAUCAUAAUUCCCCUGGCCGCUUUUCACUGCGAUCAUCCAAACCAUCACUAAGUCCACCUAGUCCCAAUAAUGGCGACUCUUCCAUAAAUGGUGAUGAUGAGAAUCAUUUUAGGAAGGGAAAUGAAUACAGCAGCUUGCGAAUCAUGAAACAAAAGGUAAAACAAGGCCUUCGUCUAAGAAGAUUUAGAUCUGAAAUCAACGUUCAUGAAGAGAAGAAUGGAAAAAAUGGUCGUACAGGUGUUGCCUUAAGUCUGCAACCACGCACUGUUGAUGAGUCAGACGCUUCUGACAUCAUGAGUGGAGAAAUAUUGUCUCAUGCUGUGUCACAACCCAGUCUUAUUAUUUCAAAACCAAAACGACCAACAGAUUUAAAAGGGCUUGCUAGUCCUCGGCCUGACACUUAUGUUGGUGUUGAAGGCAGAGUUCUACAAGCUCAAGGACUUCACAUAGCUCAUGUUGCUCAACUCUACUGUCGAGUUAAGUUACAAACUGCUGUGAGCCCUGAGAAAGUGAGUCGAUUAAGUGGGAAUAGUGCAUCAGGAAAGACGGUUGCAAAGUCCCGUCUUUUGCCUGCUGUUCCAAAUCCAAGGUUUGAUCUCCACUUCCAACUAGACUCUUCCUCGCCAAUAUCUAGACAAGCAGGUCUUCUAUUUGAAAUUCGCAGUGCAAGUAAAGAUAUUGUUGCCUCACGGAGAACAACUCUACAGGACUUAUUGUCGGCCGCUGCACCAGAUACUAAUGAAGUUCACACAUGGCUUGCACUAAAUAAUGGUGCCUCCCUAGAAGUAGAGGUGGCUCAUGGGAGAGAGUUGAAAAAACCUGCUCGCAAGAUCUUCCGUAGUUGGUCUGUUCACAGAAUAGGAAAAAUCUAAUCUUAGUUUGUGUGUACUAUAUUAGUACUUGUUUUUACUAUAUCCAAGAAAGGAGUGAGGGCAUUCUGAUAAUGUCAAAUGUCAUAUUUUGUAUUUUUAAUAUUUACGUACUGUAUUCAAAUUUCUUUAAUAAAGUCAUGAUGAAUUACUGAA